GAGAGAGAGACCCUUCACCAAUAAAUACAAUUACCCUCCACCAAUUCAAUCCCUCCUCUUCCAUCUUUUCAAUCUCUAUAUAAACAUCCAUUCAUCUUUCCCCUUCACAUUCACUCCCAACAAUGGAUUGCUUGGUCCUCCUCCCCUGCUACGUCAUGAAGAGACGACGCCGGAGAACCGCCCCACGCCUCCCCUAUCGCCGCCUCAACAAAUCGGAGAGCCUGGUAAGGGUGGUGGUGGGAAAGGAGAGGACAGAAUUCCUGGUAGACCCAUUUGUUUUAGAAGAAAACCCUUUUCGGGUUCUGAUGGAAAAGGGAAGAUUCGAAGAAAAACAGGGAAAAACAAGGGAAGAACACAUAUUAUUUGUCGAUGUUGAUGCUAUUUUGUUCGAUCACUUGCUUUGGCUCAUCUACAACGAUUCUUCCUCUUUGCUUACCCUCAAUCUAGACGAAAUUCUUCACUUUUAUUCUCAAGAUUUUUAAUUCAAUAAUCAAACAUACUCUUCAUGCUAAUUAUACGAUAUGAUGCAAAUAAUAUAGACGAUGAGUUUAUAAUCAAAGAACACUAUAUUUAUUCAUAUGAAGUCUUUUAAAGAAGCUCAAAACAGAGCUAUGUUUUGUUAACAUGUUUUAUAUCCCUCAAUUGGGUGUAAGAAAAAUCAAAUUUUUAUCCAAUUACAACGAACCUCAUUUUUACUAUUUUACCCAACUAGGGUAAA